GAAGAAAACCGGUCCAAACGUCACGUGAUUCAAACAAACGAAAAUACAGUGUUUAGUAGUUCUGUGUACAUAAGGGAACUAAAACUGAGUUAGAUAUAAUCGUAAAAUAAGUCUCAUAUUAUAUACUCGAAACCCAUAAUUAAUUUAAACUUUUACAGCUCCGGUGUGGGACCUGGCAUGUGACUAACUGAAUGGAUGCUCGGAUGCAAAGGUGCAGCGGAGUUGAUCGAUAACCGAAGUAGUCGUGAAAUUUACUAUAAAGAAGAAAUCUAGCAACCAUGCGGAGAAGACCACAGUCUGCGGCUUUGACAUCGGCAUUUUUGAGGGCUGGGAGUGAGAAAACGGUUUCUACAACUGCAGCGCAGUCCCAGUUUCACACAGACCUCUGGCUCUGUUUCACCGUGCAGAACUGGAUACUGGACUUUGGAAGGCCAAUUGCUAUGAUCAUAAUGCCCCUGGAAUGGUUUCCUCUAAAUAAACCCAGUGUUGGAGAUUAUUUUCACAUGGCAUAUAAUAUCAUCACACCAUUCCUAUUACUGAAGCUGAUUGAACGGAGUCCCACAACCCUUCCUCGCUCAGCUGUUUACCUCUGCAUCAUUACCUUUGUCAUGGGAGCUAGCAUACACCUGGUAGGAGACUCCAUUAACCAUCGUCUCAUCCUCAGUGGAUACCAGCUUCACCUUUCUGUCAGAGAAAACCCCAUUAUCAAAGAUCUGAAGCCUGCCUCACUGAUUGAUUCCUUUGAGCUUCUGUAUUACUAUGAUGAGCACCUAGGGCAUUCUAUGUGGUAUGUCCCCUUCUUUCUCAUCCUCUUCUUAUAUUUUACUGGCUGCUUUACACAAGUUAAAGAUGAGAAGAUGCCUUACUCAGGCUGGCUGUUACUUGGCCCAAGUGCGGUGUACUAUUGGUAUCUGAUUACCGAGGGGCAGAUUUUUGUCCUGUAUGUCUUCACCUUUUUUGCCAUGGUUGCCACAGUGAUGCGCCAGAGGCGGAUGGGCUUCGUGUUAGACAGCAAUGGCCGUUUCCUCUUCUAUAACUUCAUCAUUACUCUGGGAUUAGUUCUGGUUUGGGUCGCAUAUCUGUGGAAUGAUAAAGUUUUGCGCAAAAAAUAUCCCGGUAUCAUCUAUGUUCCGGAGCCUUGGUCCUUCUACACCUUACACAUCAAAAGCAGUUAAAUAAUAACAGCAAACCGAAAAAAAAUUAUUUGAUAUUUCUCCAGUAUAAUGCUUUGACCAAUUUAAUGGCACUUUGAGUGUUACUUACUGGAAUUAUUCAAAAAUGAAAAUUCUGUCAUAAUUUACUCACCCUUAAAGUUACUCAUCCAAAACCCUCAAGGUGUUCCAAACCAGUUUCUUGUUAACCACAAAAGAAGAUAUUUUGAAGAAUGUUGGUAACCAGUCGAUGGUAGCAAUUUACUUCUUCAGUAUGGGGAGUAAAUAAAAUCUGGUUACCUACAUUCUCAAAAUGCUUUCUUUUGUUCAACAGAAGAAAAAAAAAGUUUGGAUUAUUGAGUAAGAGUAAAUCAAUUUUUCUUUUUUCCUUUUUUUUUGUGAACUGUCCCUUUAAGGAGUUGGAUCUAGAAGUUUGAAUCUUCACAAGGCAAACUAUUCAAUGUUUGUAAUUUUUGUCAUUUAUUUAUUGUGCUUUACAGUAAAAAAUGAUGCUUUUAUGUCCUUGUUUUAUAUAAAUAAAGUUUGUACUCCCUA